UGGGCAUCAGCUGGAGCGAGCACCUCUUCGGCAUAUAAGUACGCCGAGGAUGAAGCGAGGGGAGCAGUUGCCGUCUCUGUCGACAAGGACUACGGCGGCGACGCAGGCGAAAGUGCCAAGGCGUCGAAUGCGGAUGGCAUGUAUCGAGGCAAGGCGGCGUACGAUACGUACCUCGAAACGAGGGACAAUGGCAAGAGCUCGAGCUUCAAUGCAGCGGCAAAAGGUCCCAUCAAGGCCACCGCCAAUGUGCGAACAGUCACAGUCACAGAUUACCAGCCAGACAUUUGCAAGGACUACAAGGAGACCGGCUACUGCGGUUUUGGGGAUACUUGCAAGUUUCUGCACGACAGGUCGGACUACCUGGCAGGGUGGCAGAUGGACAGCCUCUCCAACACCGCUGCGCGUCAGAUCGAAGCGGAGGAGUCGGACGAGGAGGAGGAGAUUCCCUUCGCGUGCCUGAUCUGCAGGCAGCCAUUCACCGAUCCCAUCGUCACUCGUUGCGGCCACUACUUUUGCGCAUCUUGCGCCAUCAAGAGGUACGCGAAGACGCCCAAAUGCUUUGCGUGCGGUGCUCAGACGCAGGGCAUCUUCAACUCUGCUACAAAGAUUCUGCACAGGAUGGAGCGGAGAAGAGAGGCCAAGGCUGAUGAAAAGUCACACAAGGGCAAC